AUGCCGAAUUGGAUUACGGAGAGAAGCAAUGGGCCAUCAAUAUCAUUUACCAUUCCAUCAUCUUCUAACAACCUCACAGGAUUGAAUUUUUGUUGUGUGCUGGCAUCUCCAUUCCAUCAACAACCGUUAAAUAAUUUACCAAAGAUCAUAAUCAGUAAUAUAACAAAGACCCGCACCUGGAUAUGCCACCACUACCUUGAAAUGGUAUUUCUCCGUAGAAAUGGUUUGACGUUGUUAAGCCAUUGGAUGUUUGGGAUGAAUGAGAUGGAAUGUGGCGACCAUGUUACUGUUACUGUGAGGUGGACACCACAUGAUAUUGGUGAUGCAGUUAUCAAGGAGUGUGGGAUGGUGCCCGCUUUAAAGAGCGAGUGCAGUUCAGAGCUCUCUCUGGAAGAAAGUCUCUACUGGAGAAUGACCCCUAAGGUUAUAACAAGAAUCGCCUACAGAGCAAAAUUCUUGGGAGCAUGGGAACGAGGGUAUGCAACUUUCAUUAGAGGCCUCUUGAAUUUAUUUAAACCAUAUUCAUCUACUUACAAACACGUCUAUACAAAUGUUUGACAUGCU